CCUAGGGCGUGAGCAAAAUGGCGCGCGUCGAUAUUUCUCUCGGCUAUGGCGCCCUCGACGGCCAGGUGCUAGGGUUUCUGGCCAGGGAGCUCAUCGCCUUCGUCCUCUACAUGCACCAGCAAAUGCCGAGGACAUUUGAUCAGAUGCAAAUUGAGCUGCGAGGCAUGGAAGGGAGUGUUCGUGACGAAACGACCCGCAAAUCGCUCGGCAAGAACUUGCAAAGAUUCGUCCGAAAGACGAAGAAGCUCCACAAGUUCUUGGAUUGCGUCGAGAGGCUGAUGGUGGCGGUAGAGAGCGCGAUCGACAGCACUGCCCCAGGCGUUGUGGAGAUUGUGCUUCUCAUCGGAUCCAACGUCGCGCGGCCACAGGUAGUUUACAGAUUGAAGAGCUUUGGAGAACUGUCGGAUUCUUCGUCGUCGGAGGAGAAAACAAAGAUCGAUCUCAAGCAGCUCACGACAAAGAUGAUUCGAGAGCUUCUGUCGAGUGGUAUCACGGAGAAAGUCGCAGGGCCGACGAAGCUAUUUCUUCUUGUAAAAGCUUCCCCAGAGUUCAUGCCAACACUGUCAGAGAACUUUCUUCCCAAAAGAGCAUUUGCAUGGAACUCCGCCAAGGCAUCUGAGAUAUCAAUCGACUUCCUGCGAGGAGAAAGCCUAGAAGAAGCUAACAGCGAGAAAAUCUGGUACUGGAACUACUUUCGUAAAGUUCUUGUCCAAGCUUGCUGUAACCACAGGUUCCAAUGCCGCCAUUUUGUGAAAGGACAACCAUCGUCCAAGGAGUUGUGCUGAUCAGGCUCGACAUAUCAGCAAUGUUCUCGAUAAAAAAUUACUCGCUUAGAGCUCAGUGACGCAGGUUCUCCAAGCCAAGAGUCGUAUAGAGAUUUUACAAUGGGGUUAUCAAAGGGAUCCUUCAUCUCUACCUGCAAUCCCAAACAGAGAUUUGAGCAAAA